UAAGCUCAGUGUCCUCCCCUGGGAUGCAGACUUGAAUUAGUUAAUAUUGCUCCUCUAUCCUGACUACUCCAGAUGUGGGGAAUAUCUGUGUUUGAACCUGAUUGGCUCCAGAAUCCCAACGUCACAUCCCAAUCUUUUGACUGAUGAUUCAAUUAAGGAUACAGUUUAAAAAAAACAAAUGCAAGAUCCGCAUAGAGAACAUCUUCAUGUGUAACUACUGAGCCCCAUUCACACAUCAUAACAUGUCACCUGCACUCAUUCAUCCAACAGUCCCCCCCCCCCCCCCCCCAAUAAAAAAAAAAAAAAUCCUUUCCCACCUUAUACCUGUAAGUACAAAAACCUCGGAAAUAUCAGAACAAAACAUACAAACAAAAAAAGAAAGAAAGGCAACAAUGUAUCAAUCUUCAUUCCAAAACAACAGUUUUAACGGCUCAAAACGCAAACAUCAAUAACGGACGUUCGAAAGAUACAACACAAAAGUAAAUAAAUAAAUAAAUAAAUAAAUAAAUAGAUAGAUACAAAAAGAAACAAAUAAAUCACGUCAACAUGCAGAGAUAAGAGGCAAGUCAGUAAAUAAUAAACAAUAAAAAGUCAGCUCUAAUGGGUCCACAGUGAAGCGUUGGCCAUAGGCGAGCAGGGAGCCUCGAUAUCUGGGGGUCUUCAGUGCAGCCUUGGGAAGUUGAAGUUCCUUUGGGUUCUAAGAUGCAUGAUUGGUGCAAAAAUGUUUCCAGUCUUGUAUCCACUAGGAUUUAGUGACGAAGAUAAUGAUGGCAAGGUCUUGAUGAUGGCUGGGGAGGGGGAGGGGGGGGGGGCAGAAAACAGGGGGGAGGAGAAAGAGUUGAGGUGGGGUGGUGGUGGUGUGGGGUGGGGGGGAGUUAAGGGAGAAGAGAGAAGAGUUGGGGGGUGGGGGGGGGAUAAGGGAGGUGGAAUUUCAAUUUUUUUUCUUUUUUUUUUUCUUCCCUAAGCUUUUGCUGAGGCUUCAAGGUAUAAUCUAUCCCAGAUCCUUUCCCAGAGAGGGAGAAACUUAGUGAUCACGUUUGCAAAUGAUGCUCACGUUUGGUGCUCAAUUAUCCCUCCCCAUAAAGAUAGGUGGCGUGAGUAGCAGGGUCUCCUCCACCAACAAGAAAAAAAUGUCAUUAGGAAAAGCGUAACACGUCAGUCCGUCCCCAGGUUUGUGUUUCCUGAAGUGGCAGUAAGAGAUCAGUCCUAACCUGCCCAGCAGGACUAGCGGUCCCUCCUCACCUCCCCGUACUGCCUGGCCUGCCACUAUCUAUCUGGAGGAGCUACUACUGUCAUCUUCUACUACUCACAGCCCUGGUCCAAUACUUCUUCAUGUUCCUCCACAGCACCUCUACCCAACUGCCCACAGGACUUUAAAGAGUCUGCGUGCUGCUGAUAUACAGUCGAGUCCAUGAGAACUAGCUUCUGAUCCACUGUUAUCAAUGAAGCAGAUGAUGGCGGAUGGCCCCAGGUGUAAGAGGCGAAAACAAGCCAAUCCAAGGAGGAAAAACGGAGGACUUAUAUUACACAUUGACAGAGAUGAGCAGGACCUAUCCCUUCUACCAGAGCGACACCCAAAUAUUUGUAGGAGGAAAGACUCCCGCAAUAUUUUAAAUUACGACAAUGUAGUAGAAACGGGUUCGGAGACAGAUGAAGAUGACAAGCUUCACAUUGCCGAAGAGGACAGUAUUAUUACCACUUUGGACCCGGAAACCAGUCCAGUUAGUAUGCUCAACCACGAGUCUUCUCCACAUGCCAACCAGGCUUUACUGACUCGAGAAGAAGAGGAAGAUGACUUGAGAGAUGGUGGAAUGGAGCACAGUUGGCACAAUGAGGAUCUCCUGAAAGCGCCUGUAGAUGGUUCUGAUGAUAUGAAGGGAGAAUACGACUGUAUGGGGCCAGAAGCCACUCAUGUAACCACUAUGAACAACGGUACAGUGAAGAACACGAAUUGCACUUCAGACUUUGAGGAUUAUUUCGCCAAAAGAAAGAUGGAUGACGGGCACGGAGUUAGCAUAGCCGAGUACUUGCACCGUAGUGACACGGCCAUUAUUUACCCAGAAGCCCCCGAGGAGCUUUGCCGCUUGGGUACACCGGAGGCCAACGGUCAGGAAGAGAAUGACCUACCACCUGGAACACCAGAUGCCUUUGCCCAGCUGCUGACCUGUCCCUACUGCGACCGAGGCUACAAGCGGUUGACGUCACUGAAGGAGCACAUCAAAUACCGCCACGAGAAGAACGAAGAGAACUUUUCCUGUCCACUUUGUAGUUAUACGUUCGCCUACCGCACCCAACUCGAGCGGCAUAUGGUGACGCACAAGCCGGGGAGAGAUCAGCACCAAAUGUUGACCCAGGGAGCUAGCAAUCGCAAGUUCAAGUGCACAGAGUGUGGAAAGGCAUUCAAAUACAAGCACCAUUUAAAGGAACACCUGCGAAUACAUAGCGGGGAAAAACCAUAUGAAUGCCCAAAUUGCAAGAAACGCUUCUCCCAUUCAGGGUCCUACAGUUCACACAUUAGCAGUAAAAAAUGCAUUGGCCUAAUCUCUGUGAACGGGAGGAUGAGAAACAACAUGAAGGCGGGUUCAUCUCCUAACUCGGUGUCUUCAUCUCCCACCAACUCAGCCAUAACACAGCUUCGGCACAAACUGGAGAACGGGAAACCACUUGGUAUGAAUGAAUCUUCGGGCUUGUUGAAGAUCAAAACCGAAACACUAGAUUAUAAUGAUUACAAACUUCUUAUGGCAGCCACUCACGGGUUCAAUGGUCCUAAUCCAUUCAUGAACGGUGGUCUUGGAGCGACCAGCCCCCUGGGAAUUCACUCCUCAGCUCAGAGUCCAAUGCAGCACUUAGGUUUAGGAAUGGAAGCAUCGCUACUUGGUUAUCCCUUGAGCAGUAACUUAAGCGAGGUGCAGAAGGUCUUAGAAAUUGUGGACAAUACUGUUUCUAGGCAGAAGAUGGAAUGCAAGGCUGAUGAGGUUGCAAAGUUGAAGGGAUAUCACAUGAAAGAACCAGGACCUCAAGGAGAGGAACAAGGUAUGACGUCUCCUAGUAUUCAACAAGUUGGUCUUCCUGUAGUAAGUCAUAAUGGUGCCACUAAAAGUAUUAUAGACUAUACAUUGGAGAAGGUGAAUGAAGCCAAAGCUUGUUUACAGAGCUUGACCGUAGACUCAAGAAGGCCAUUUAAUAGUAUUAAGAAGGAAAAGUUACGUACGUUGAUAGACCUUGUAAGUGAAGAAAAGAUGUUAGAGAGCCAUAAUAUAUCCACUCCAUUUUCUUGCCAGUUUUGUAAAGAAAGUUUUAACGGCCCCAUUCCUUUACAUCAACACGAACGAUACUUGUGUAAAAUGAAUGAAGAAAUAAAGGCAGUUCUCCAACCCAGUGAAAACCUGAUUCUCAAUAAACAGGGAAUGUUUGCUGAGAAACAAGCACUCUUGCUGUCGUCGGUACUUUCCGAGAAAGGAAUGAACGGCCCAUACCCAUACAAGGACCACAUGUCUGUACUUAAAGCUUAUUACGCUAUGAAUAUGGAACCUAAUUCUGAUGAACUACUGAAAAUUUCCAUAGCAGUUGGCCUUCCUCAGGAAUUUGUGAAGGACUGGUUUGAACAAAGAAAAGUCUACCAAUAUGCAACUUCCAGGUCACCGUCUUUGGAAAGGACCAGUGCGGAAGUGGCUCCAGUAACCACCACUCCCACUAAAGACUCUAUGUCAGCCAGAUCACCAGUAAAACCUGUGGAUUCUAUCACUUCGCCGUCUAUAGCAGAACUCCAUAAUCGGGUAUCUAAUUGUGAUACACCUCUCAGGCUAACAAAACCUAGUCAUUUUGCUGGUCUGAAGCCAGUUGUUGAUAAAUUGGACCACUCCAGGAGCAAUACUCCAUCUCCUUUAAAUCUUUCUUCCACAUCUUCUAAAAACUCCCAUAGUAGUUCUUACACUCCAAACAGUUUUUCCUCAGAGGAGCUUCAAGCUGAGCCUUUGGACUUAUCUGUACCAAGACAAAUGAAGGAAAUUAAAAAUGUUAUAGCCACAAAGAACAAAACCAAACCUAAUAACAUUACUAUUGAACAUAACAGUAUUCCUUUAUCUUCCGACCUGGUAGAUGAGCCUCUGAACUUAACGUACAUUAAGAAAGAAUUUUGCAAUUCUAAUAAUCUGGACAAAAGCACUAACGCACUAUUUGGUCUGAAUCCAUUUAGCGGGAAACCUUUGUACACGGCGCUUCCACCUCAGAGCGCCUUUCCACCAGGCACUUUCAUGCCUCCAGUACAGGCGAGCAUACCUGGGUUACGACACUACCCUGGGCUGGAUCAAAUGAGCUUCCUUCCACACAUGGCCUACACGUACCAAACUGGAGCAGCUACAUUUGCCGAUAUGCAGCAGCGGCGGAAAUAUCAGCGAAAACAGGGAUUUCAGGGUGAAAUGCUUGAUGGAACCCCGGAUUACAUGUCAGGUCUGGAUGAUAUGACGGAUUCUGACUCCUGCCUGAGUCGAAAGAAGAUUAAAAAGACAGAGAGUGGCAUGUACGCGUGUGAUUUAUGUGAUAAGACAUUCCAGAAAAGUAGCUCCCUCUUGAGACACAAAUAUGAACAUACAGGAAAAAGGCCACACCAGUGUCAAAUCUGUAAAAAAGCAUUUAAACAUAAACACCAUCUAAUAGAACAUUCACGUCUGCACUCCGGCGAGAAGCCAUACCAAUGUGACAAGUGCGGGAAGCGUUUCUCACAUUCUGGGUCCUACUCACAGCACAUGAACCACAGGUAUUCCUACUGUAAAAGAGAGGCCGAAGAAAGGGAGGCCGCCGAGAGGGAAGCCAGAGAGAAGGGUCAUUUAGAACCCACCGAGCUGCUGAUGAACCGAGCUUACUUACAGAGUAUAACACCUCAGGGCUACUCUGACUCAGAGGAAAGAGAAAGUAUGCUGAGAGACGGGGAGAUCGAAAGAGAGCACGAUAAGGAGGUGGAGGACGUUUUUGAUAAGCUUGGAAGACCAGAUGGAGACGAAGAGUUUGAGGAGGAGGAGGAAGAGAGUGAGAAUAAGAGCAUGGACACGGAUCCAGACACGAUCCGAGAUGAGGAAGAGAACGGUGAACAUUCAAUGGACGAUAGUUCAGAGGACGGUAAAAUGGAAAUAAAGUCAGACCAUGAAGAAGAAAACAUGGAGGAUGGCAUGUAAUAAACUACUGCAUUUUAAGCUUCCGAUUUUCUCCAGUAGUCUUGUUACCUGCUCGAAAACUCUGCUGUGUUUAAGCUGUUCAUGCACGUGCCUGAAGCUUCCACGAAGCCUGUAUAGAAGAACUGAUGGGGGAGGGGGGGGGGGCGGGAUGGUGGGCAGUUCUGCCAAAAACUAAAAAAACAAAAAAAAGUUAAAUGAAGUUUGAGGUGGUCUUUGUUGAGAACUGCAUUAUGCAAACUUUUUGUACAGUAUUAAAAAGGCCUAGAAACUGUGUGGUUUCAGAGACUAAACCCUGUGUUUAAUAGCAUUUAUUCUUUAAGCACAAAAUAGUUAAUUGUACGAAUUGCACUCUACUUAUAUAUCACUACAGACUUAAAAAAAUAAAAAAGAUAUUUCUAAUUUAUAUUAAUACAUUUAAAAUAAAAAAUAAAGUGCCCGCACUGCUGUACAUCAGUAUUAUCACUUCACUUUAAUUUAAGGUGCUCGCACUGCAAUACAACUUUUAUUAUUAAAAAAUUCCUUCAUAACUUUCCUUUUGCUAUUCUCAGUUUCAUGAUAGAUAACCACACAAUUUUAGGCCUAUUUUUAAUUUUAUUUUUAAUUUUUUUUUAAUUUUAUUAUUUUAAUGUGAAGGAACAUGAAGUGAUGCAUGUGUAAAACAAAAAUGGAGAUUCCGAAGUCUUAAGAGUGACCUGGAUCUGGUGGUAAAAAGAAAGGUGAUUACAAAGAAAGCCUUUGUAAGGUGUUUUUAAAAGAAAAAAAAAAAGCCUUAUAUGCAAACCUUUUAAUCUGUGUGUUUCUGCAAGUGCCAUCCUUGUACAGUGUUAAGACGGUAACAUGUGUUACCCAACGCACCAGCUUCAGUGUUAAGCUUACCCUGUUCUUUGAAGCACCCAUGUCAGUAUUAGAAUAGGCGGCAGUUCCUUAGUUUACAUAUGUUUGUGCAAUUUUUUUCUGUAAUUUUUUUUAUUUUGUUCAUUAAUUUUGUCAGUAUUACACCAAACUUUUUUUUUAUUUUUUGCAAGAUUUAAAUUUUUUUUUUUUUGCAUUCAUUUUAGGUCAAAUAACAUUUUAUUUAUGUGGCUCAUUUUAUAUUUCCUAAUUUUAUUUAUUUCAUACUGUAGUGUACAGUAUAAUAGUUCUUCAAUAUAGAUAUAUUUUAGUAAAAAAGGAACAUGAUGUUGAUCACUUGGGCAAAUUUUACUUAAAGAGAAGAGCAUUUAUGUGUUUUGAAACAUUUAAUUGUGAAAUGCAAUUUCUUUUUUAUUUUUUUCAAUUUUAUUAUUUUAUUUCUUGUUUUAUUAUUAUUAUUAUAAUUUUUUUUGUUUCUUUCCAAUUACUGGAAAUUCCAAAUUGGGGAACUUUUGAUACGAUCUUGUGAAAACACUGUAUUUUCAACUGAAAAAAUUCCACUUUCUUCAUCUUGUUUUUUAGCUAAAAAAAAUAAAAAAAAGAGGGACUGUUAAAUACAAUGUAUAAUACCAUGACAAAAAAAUCUUUCCUGACUUGUCUUUGUAAAAGUAUUAUUGAAUUUUCAAUUUGUAAUUUCUCUCGAAAAUGACCAUGCUCAAAUAAAAAUGUAGCCAAACUA